AUGACGAACAUAUCAUCUUUUAGCAUUAUCGAUAUUCGCAAGAAUAUUAUUAUUCAUGAAAAUUUUAUCAAUGAAAUCCUUGACGGACUGAAUUCAAAGAAUUCCAUGAAGUCCAUACCAACCGUAGUCCUUUACGAUAAUCGCGGUUUGCAACUUUUCGAUCAGAUUACUUAUCUUGAUGAAUAUUAUCUUACAUCCGCAGAAGCGAAGAUCCUUAGAGAUAAGGUUGAUCGGAUUAUCGAAUACAUUCCUGAUGGUAGUUCAGUGAUUGAAUUGGGCGCCGGUUCACUACGUAAAACUCAACUUAUCCUUCAAUCCCUUGAAAAGAACAGAAAGAACAUCACCUAUUAUGCGCUUGAUCUUAUGGAAGAUGAACUCAAAAAGUCAUUAUCAUCACUUGGAAAAUUUUCCAAUGUCCAACUUGUCGGGUUAUUGGGAACUUAUGAGGAAGGAAUGGAUUUUGCCGCGAGUUUUCCCGAGGACGUACCAAAAAUGAUCAUGUGGUUGGGUUCCUCGAUUGGAAAUUUAAAAAGGGAGGAGGGUGCGGAAUUCAUUAAAUCUUUUCAAACCAAGGCCAUGAAUCCGGGGGAUUUGUUCUUGAUCGGGAUUGACAGAAGAAAUCACCCUGAUAAGGUCGCCAUCGCAUACAACGAUCCAAAGGGGAUAACGGCCGAAUUCAUCCUAAACGGGUUGGAUCACGUUAACGUGAUCUUGGGUCAACCCUUGAUCGAUCGGAAUGAUUUCGAUUAUUUUGCCAGAUAUAAUGAAGAUGUUGGUAGACAUGAAGCUUAUUAUAAAGCCAAGAAUGAAAUCACGUUAGAAUACACGUCCCCUAGUGAUAAUACCAAAAUGACAAUUAAUUUGAAAAAAGAUGAACUAAUUCACAUCGAGUAUUCCUACAAAUACAGUAAAGACGAAAGUUUCGCUUUAUUUCAUGAGAGUCGGCUAUCUCAUCUGGAGAGUUGGCAGGAUCCCGAUUCACAGUAUGACCUUCACUUAAUUUACAAAUCACCCUUUUACUUUACAAGGAAUGUCGAAUCGCAAGGAUCGGUACCUACGGUUGAAGAAUGGAUAGAACUUUGGAAGGCAUGGGACAACGUGACGAUGACCAUGAUUUCACGUGAACUUGUACUGGAAAAAUCCAUCGAACUCCGGCACCCAUUCAUAUUUUACCUUGGUCACAUUCCGUCAUUCCUUGAUAUCAACCUUACAAGGUAUUUUAAUGAGGAACUCACGGAACCUCGGAGCUUCGCGGAUAUCUUUGAACGUGGGAUUGACCCCGAUAUGGAUGAUCCAUCAAUUUGUCACCCUCACUCGACCGUCCCUGAUGAAUGGCCAAGUUAUGAUUCCAUCAUCUCCUACCGUGAUAAAGUUCGUCAGAGAAUCAUUUCCGUGUAUGAUGAUUACAAAGAAAAGGUUAUGCCGAGAUCUCUUGGUCGAGUUGUGUGGAUGACUUUUGAACAUGAAGCCAUGCACCUGGAAACGAUCCUUUAUAUGUUGAUUCAAUGGAAGAAUACCGAACCGCCAAAAGGUGUCGUCAUACCACGAUGGAUUACAUCCCUUGAUCCCGCACCAAAAGCCAACCUAAUAACGAUCCCAGCACAAACCGUCACACUUGGCCAUGACGAUAAUGAAGGUGCAGAUGAUACUGACCCGCUGAGUUUACCGUUUGGCUGGGACAAUGAACGACCACCUAGAAAAUUCACAGUCAAAUCUUUCAGGAUACAAUCACGUCCGAUCACAAAUGGCGAAUAUCUUGAUUUCAUGGAGAGAACGAUAAACAUAGGAUACCCCUCUUCAUGGAUCCCCGUCAACCCAUCGUUGUUUACUUACAAAGUUCGCACCGUAUUUGGACCUGUUGACAUGGAUGUAGCUAGGAAUUGGCCCGUGAUGUUGAGUCAAGAUCGAGCAUGUCGUUAUGCCGAAUGGGCAAAGAUGAGACUUCCCACUGAGGAGGAAUUGAGGAGCUUGUAUGAUUUGUAUACACCACCACACUUGGACUUAUCAUCGAACUUUGGAUUCUCCCAUUGGCAUCCCACUGACGUUCCACAUGAUGAAAAUGUUGUUCAAACGUUGGGUUCCGGUUGGGAAUGGACUUCUACAGAAUUCGGCGCUCAUCCUGGGUUUAACAAAAGCAAACUGUAUCCCGGAUAUUCUUCUGAUUUCUUUGACAGCAAGCAUGUA